AUGUCAACGAAGCAAUCGCUCUUCGGAGUACCUUAUAAAUAUGUCAGCCUCAUAACUUUAGUUGUUCAAAAUAGCACGUUGGUGGUGGUAAUGCACCACUCGCGUGUUAUGGUCCCAAAAGAUCAACAGUUCUAUGCCUCUACCGCGGUAUUUCUAGCCGAACUCUUCAAAUUAUUAAUAUCGUUAUAUAUGGCGGGACGAAUACAGAUUGCAGAGAAAGGUUCAUUAAACAUUUAUGAUUUAUAUCAAGACUUAUUUUCUAAUGACGCUUGGAAGUUAUUGAUACCGGCAGCACUUUAUACGGUACAAAAUAAUUUACAAUACGUGGCGGUAAGUUUACUAGAUGCAGCAACAUUUUCGGUGACAUAUCAACUCAAAAUCUUGACGACCGCGUUGUUUUCGGUUAUCUUGUUGAAGAGAUCAUUGAGUGGAAUGAAAUGGUUCUCGUUGGUUUUACUUACUUUAGGCGUGGCACUUGUUCAAUUACCAUCAGAUAAUAAUUCGACAACGAAAGGUGACAAUGAAAGCAUGGAAAGAUUUGUUGGACUUGGUGCGGUGGCUGUCGCCUGUGUAAUUUCUGGGAUGGCUGGUGUUUAUUUUGAGAAAGUCUUAAAAGGGACGCAUGCAUCUAUUUGGACUCGGAAUAUACAAUUAUCAUUCUUUUCAUUAUUUACUGCAUUGAUCAUGGGAGUAUGGUGGAAAGAUGGUGUUAAUGUUGCGGAAAAGGGAUUCUUUUUCGGUUAUAAUAUGGUUGUCUGGGCUGCAAUUGUAUGUCAAGCUAUUGGUGGGAUAAUUGUCGCUUUGGUGGUGAAAUAUGCUGAUAAUAUCCUCAAAGGAUUUGCCACCUCGAUCUCGAUAAUUCUUUCGUUUUUGGCAUCACUUUGGAUUUUCACUGAUACCAGUAUUUCAACAGCAUUCUUGGCUGGUUCCACUCUAGUGCUGGCUGCUACUUAUAUAUAUAGCCUACCCGAUAGUACCCCUAUAAUCAAUAAAGACACAGAAAAAGAUGAAGAGGCUUCACAUCGAUUAUAUGUCUUGACACAAAUAGAAGAUCAACACGACGAGGAAGACGAAAAAGGAUAUGUGUAUCAUCUAAACAAUAACGGAAGUAAUGGUUAUACCAAGGUGAAUCAGAUUGAUCUUCAUGUGGAGCAUUAA